GAUGUUACUGAGAAAUUUUAUCUUUUGACUUGAUCAUAGUUUCAGCCACAGCAUUCUAUAAAUGCCAGCCAGUUGUAGAGUUCAUGUGUGAAGUUCUUCGCAGACAAGAACAGGAUCUUCAAAAGACGAAACCAUUGUCUGAUGCAGAAAGACUGAAAUUCACCUGAGAGAUAAAAGGUCUGAAGGUAGAGAUUACACACUGUGGAUCAAUGAAGAGAAAAUAUCGUGUCAUCAAUGUAACAAAAUUACCGGCACAGACUUUGAAGUUCCCUCUAAAACAAUUGGAAACAGGUCAACCCUGUGAGAUCACAGUGGCCAGAUAUUUUCAGGAAAAACACAAGAGAAGGCUUCAAUACCCUCAUCUGCCUUGUCUUCAAGUCGGGCAAGAACAGAAACACACCUACCUUCCCAUCGAAGUGUGUAACCUUGUGGCAGGUCAGCGCUGCAUCAAGAAGUUGACUGAUAAACAAACGUCUAUGAUGAUAAGAACAACAGCAAAGAGUGCUCCGCAGAGAGAACAAGAGAUCUUAAAUCUGGUCAGGAAAGCUGACUUCAACAAUGACCAAUAUGUCAACGAUUUUGGAAUCUCAAUUAACGACAAAAUGGUGGACCUUCAAGGGCGGGUACUUCAGGCCCCAAAGCUUCAGUACGGUGGGAAGGACAAACUGAAAAUUUCCCCGAAACAAGGAGCAUGGGAUAUGAGGGGGAAGCAGCUAUUUCACGGCAUUGAGAUAAAAGUCUGGGCCAUCGCUUGCUUUGUCGACCCACGGGAAGUCAACGACAGAGUAUUGAAGAGCUUCGCCCAUCAGCUGAUGAAGAUUAGUGGCGAGACUGGGAUGCCAAUCAAAUCUGAACCAUGCUUCUGUAAAUACGCUAAAAGAGCGGAGGAUGUUGAGCCCAUGUUUAAACAUUUGAAAUCUACCUUUGCCAAUCUUCAGCUCAUUAUUCUUGUGUUGCCUGGGAAAACGCCCGUAUAUGCUGAAGUCAAACGAGUCGGUGAUACAAUGCUGGGAAUCGCUACUCAGUGUGUGCAAGCUAAGAACGUAACCAAGUUCCAAGCUCAAACACUGUCAAAUCUGUGCCUAAAGAUAAAUGCCAAGCUCGGAGGAAUAAACAAUAUUUUGGCCCCAGAUGUUCGACUUCCUGUGUUUCGUGAACCUGUGAUAUUUCUUGGAGCUGAUGUAACUCACCCUGCAGCUGGGGAUGAAAAACGACCAUCAAUUGCUGCUGUUGUCGGCAGUAUGGAUGCUCAUCCCAGCCGGUACUGUGCUUCAGUUCGAGUUCAGACACAUCGACAGGAAAUCAUUGCCGAAUUAGCGGUCAUGGUCCGCGAGCUAUUGAUUCAGUUUUAUCGUUCGACGAGACACAAGCCAGUCAGGAUCAUUUUUUACCGUGAUGGAGUCAGUGAAGGCCAGUUUAGACAGGUGUUGUGUCACGAACUAAAAGCCAUCCGUGAGGCUUGCAUCAAGCUGGAAGUUGGGUACCAGCCGGGCAUCACUUUCAUUGUUGUGCAGAAAAGACAUCACACCAGAUUUUUCUGUCAGGAUAAAGAGGACAUGUGUGGAAAUAGUCAAAACGUGCCCCCCGGAACCACAGUUGAUGUUGGUAUAACUCAUCCCACUGAGUUUGACUUCUACCUCUGCAGUCACGCUGGAAUUCAGGGCACCAGCCGACCUUCGCAUUAUCACGUCCUGUGGGACGACAAUAAUUUCAAAGCAGACGAGAUCCAGGCCCUCACAUAUCAGUUGUGUCAUACUUACGUCAGGUGCACACGAGCAGUAUCCAUACCAGCCCCCGCGUAUUAUGCGCAUUUGGUGGCAUUCAGAGCGCGAUUUCAUUUGAUAGAAAGAGAACGGGAAAGCCCUGAGAAUGGUUCGUCUUGCAGCGGUGGUCAUGGAGAGGACAGAAGCCCGCAGAUUUUGGCAAAAGCUGUCCAAGUUCACCCUGAGAUGUUAAAAGGAAUGUACUUCGCUUGAAGACACUUUGUAAAGAGUAACGUAAUUAGUUACCGACUAAUGUAAUACUUAUAAGAAAACACA